GGUUCGGCUAAUUUGGAAUCAAACUCUAGCAAGCAACAAUUUAUUUGUCUUCAUACAUAUCGAUUUUAUAUACCACCCUGAACUAAAUCUGCCGUGCGUUUUUCCCCCCUGUCGGUAGCCACAUACCAAUGGAAUUAUGCGGAUUUCUCGGUGUUUGAUCAACUGUGAAAGCACUGGAGAUUGAUAGAAAGCGCGAACAGAAGCUGUGUCCAUGGCGGAUCAGGAGGAGGUGCCGGAGGGGACGGUGGAGAACAUACUGAGCCAAGAGAGUCUCAAGUGGGUUUUCGUCGGAGGAAAAGGAGGAGUUGGCAAGACAACUUGUAGCUCCAUUCUUUCGAUCCUUCUCGCCGGCGUUCGUGGCUCCGUUCUGAUCAUCUCCACCGACCCUGCUCACAAUCUCAGUGAUGCUUUUCAACAACGGUUCACGAAGACACCCACUUUGGUUAAUGGGUUCACCAAUCUUUAUGCGUUGGAGGUGGAUCCUACUGUUGAACAAGAGGAAACGAGUUCUGAGGGAAUGGAUACUUUGUUUUCAGAGCUAGCAGGUGCUAUACCUGGAAUUGACGAGGCAAUGAGUUUUGCUGAGAUGUUGAAAUUGGUGCAAACAAUGGAUUAUUCUGUUAUAGUAUUUGAUACUGCACCCACAGGCCAUACACUCAGACUUUUGCAGUUCCCAGCAGUUUUGGAAAAGGGUAUUGCAAAAGUUUUGUCCUUGAAAAAUAAAUUUGGUGGUUUGAUUAAUCAGAUGACCCGCAUGUUUGGUGUGGAGGAUGAUUUUGGUGAUGAUGCACUUCUUGUGAGGCUUGAAGGCAUGAAGGAGGUGAUUGAACAAGUCAAUAAGCAAUUCAAGGAUCCAGACAUGACAACUUUUGUCUGUGUUUGCAUUCCGGAGUUCCUCUCUCUGUAUGAAACAGAGAGAUUGGUUCAGGAACUCACAAAGUUUGAGAUUGACACACACAAUAUCAUAAUUAAUCAAGUAAUCUUUGACGAUGAAGACAUUGAAUCCAAGUUACUUAAAGCGAGAAUGAAGAUGCAACAGAAGUACCUAGACCAGUUUUAUAUGUUGUAUGAUGACUUUAACAUUACAAAGCUACCACUGCUCCCAGAAGAGGUCACUGGGGUAGCAGCUUUGAAAUCAUUUUCUAGCCAUUUUUUAUCACCCUAUCAAUCCUUGGCCAGUAAAGAUGAAGUAGAACGAUUACAGAAUAGAAUAUCAGCACUAAAGCAGCAGCUAAGUGAAGCUGAAUCUGCACUUUCGAGACUCAAAAAGUGAAACUUAUUGAAGUUUCUCAUGACCAUCAUCAGUUCUGCAAUUGAUAAGCCUCUUUGGUUCACAUUCUUUUCGAGUUUACAAUCAGGCAAGGCAUGCCAUGAUAAAGCUAAUUAUAUUCUUUUUUUUUUUAACUUAUGCAUAAUUAUAGAUUGAGGCUAGCCUCAGUUUUUUUCAAUUAUUUAUUCCUGGUAUUUUCCAGCUAAUUAUGUAUUUGUUAUACGCAUGGUAUAUACUCUGUUCUUCUCUGUCAUUAUAGAUUACGAUAAAAAAUUCCACUCAUGCAUCUUCUUCA